AUGGCGUGCGUCGCGGCCGCGGCGGCGCCGGUUUGGAGCGCGCGACGGCCGCUGCCGCUCGCGGGGGGGAUCGGGAGCGCGCUCGCGAGGCAUCGUCGGGCGGUCGCGCCGUGCCCGCCUCCGAACGCGCGACGAGGACAACCUUUCGCGGAAUGGUGCCGCGAGAACGGAGAGCGGGGGGAGAGGUUGCUGGAGGAGUUCGACGACGACGUGUUCUCACCGGGGGAGCUGACGAAAGGGAACUCCGAGCGGAGGAUUCGAUGGAAGUGUCGCGAGUGCGGAUGGACGUGGAGAGCAGGAUUGGCAAACCGCACGAAAGACAAGAAACCAACUGGCUGCCCCGGGUGCGCCGGUAAAGUGCCUUCGUGGUUUCACAGCCUCGAGCUGACUUGCAAGGAGAGCGAUGGAAGAUUCGAACACUUGAUAGGGGAGUGGGCGCAUCCGACGAAGCGCAUGAAGGACUUCACGCCGCGCUCCAACGAGAAGGUUCCGUGGAAGUGUGGCGGGUGCGGUCACGAGUGGGAUGCGAAGAUCCAUACCCGCACGAACGCCACGCACCCCAGCGGGUGCCCGAAGUGCGCGGGUCGCCACCUGCACGACCUCGAGGUGCACUGCGCGCAGAGCGACGGGCGACUGGAUCAUCUGCCAGGGGAGUGGGCGCAUCCGACGAAGAGCAUAAAGGACUUCGCGCCGGGCUCAAACGAGAAGGUGCCGUGGAAGUGCGGCGGGUGCGGUCACGAGUGGGAUGCGACGAUCUCUCACCGCACGAACGCCACGCACCCCAGCGGGUGCCCGAAGUGCGCGGGUCGCCACCUGCACGACCUCGAGGUGCACUGCGCGCAGAGCGACGGGCGACUGGAUCAUCUGCCAAGGGAGUGGGCGCAUCCGACGAAACGGAUGAAGGACUUCGCGCCGGGCUCAAGCGAGAAGGUGCCGUGGAAGUGCGGCGGGUGCGGUCACGAGUGGGAUGCGACGAUCAAUGCCCGCACGAACGCGAACGCCACGCACCCCAGCGGGUGCCCGAAGUGCGCGGGUUUCCACCUGCACGACCUCGAGGUGCACUGCGCUCAGAGCGACGGGCGACUGGAUCAUCUGCCAAGGGAGUGGGCGCAUCCGACGAAGAGUAUGAAGGACUUCGCGCCGGCCUCCAACGAGAAGGUGCCGUGGAAGUGCGGCGGGUGCGGUCACGAGUGGGAUGCGACGAUCGCUAACCGCACGGCCACGCACUCCAACGGGUGCCCAGUGUGCAACCCAGGCGGCCGCAACCGUUUUGAACGCCAAGACGACCCAGUCGACGCGGCGCGAGUCUAG